AUGCAGAUUUUCAUGAAGACCCUGAAGGGGAAGAUCAUCACUCUUGAGAUCAAACUGUCUAAUAUUAUUGAAAAUGUCAAGGCUAACAUACAAGAUAAGGGAGGUAUUCCCCCUGAUCAGCAAAGGUUGAUUUUUGCGGGCAAGCAACUGGAAGAUGGACAGACUUUGUCUGACUAUAACAAUCAGAAAGAGUUUAUGCUUCAUCAUGUUCUGAGACUUAGCAGUGGUGCCAAGAGGAGAAAGAAGAAGUCUUACACUACUCCCAAAAAGAACAAGCAUAAGAGAAAGAAGGUUAAGCUUGUUCUUCUGAAGUGGUAUAAGGUUGAUGAGAAUGGCAAGAUCAGCCACCUUCGAGGAGAGUACCCUUCUGAUGAAUGUGGUGCUAGAGUCUUUAUGGAAAGCCAUUUUGACAACAAUUGUGGCAAGUUUUCUCUAACCUACUUCUUCAACAAGCCAGAAGACAAGUAA